UAAGUAACUGACUGAGUCUGACUUUCUUUGUUUCCUUAUGGAUUGCACCAUUCCACAUCGCAUCGCAAUCGAGAGAGAAUAAAUAGCAGCAAAUCAAAUUGCAUCCAUUCACACUCACCACACAAAUUGUCUGUCGGGAAGACCGACCGACUGCGACACACACAUAUCUUUGAAAAUCAUUUACGACUCGAGCCCUUUUACACCAUUUGGAAUACCAACUAUAUCAAUCUCGGAAAGAAGCAUUGCAUCUUGCAUUGCAUUUGAACCCCCCUCCCCUAUUCACCAACCCGACCGAGUUCAAUUCAACUUCAAUCCAGCACCUCGUUGCUGAUUGUCGCCUUUGCUUACCAUCAGCAAUAUCUCAAUCAUUCAGCCGCAACUCAUUCAUUGUCUGAUUUCCGCUAAUCAUUUACCUUUCACAGACCGCACUCUAUCUUGCGGCCGGUUCUGCGACGAAUUUACACUCACCUUACGACCCUUUUUUACGACUUUUAAUAAUUACAUACCACAAUAAUCUAUCAAGAUGGGUUGCGGUAUGAGCACUGAGGAGAAGGAGGGAAAGGCCAGGAACGAGGAGAUUGAGAACCAACUCAAGAGGGAUAAGAUGCUGCAGCGAAAUGAAAUCAAGAUGCUUCUCCUUGGAGCUGGUGAAUCCGGAAAGUCUACUAUCUUGAAACAGAUGAAACUUAUCCAUGAGGGAGGUUAUUCGCGCGACGAGCGAGAAUCAUUCAAAGAAAUUAUUUUCAGCAACACAGUCCAAUCAAUGCGCGUUAUCCUCGAAGCCAUGGAGUCCCUGGAAUUACCUCUCGAUGAUCAAAGAGCAGAAUACCAUGUCCAAACCAUCUUCAUGCAGCCACAACAAAUUGAAGGAGACAAUUUACCACCCGAGGUCGGAAGUGCUAUUGCUGCUUUAUGGAAGGAUGCUGGUGUUCAAGAUUGUUUCAAGCGAUCAAGAGAAUAUCAAUUGAACGACUCUGCUAGAUACUACUUUGAUAACAUCGAAAGAAUCGCUCAACAUGAUUACAUGCCAAACGAUCAAGAUGUCCUUCGCUCUCGUGUCAAGACCACGGGUAUCACCGAAACCACCUUCAUCAUUGGAGACCUCACCUACCGCAUGUUCGAUGUUGGAGGACAACGUUCCGAGCGAAAGAAGUGGAUCCAUUGCUUUGAGAAUGUCACGACAAUCCUCUUCUUGGUCGCUAUCUCCGAGUACGAUCAAUUGCUUUUCGAAGAUGAAACUGUCAACCGUAUGCAAGAAGCGCUUACACUUUUCGACUCGAUUUGCAAUUCAAGAUGGUUUAUCAAGACGUCAAUUAUCUUGUUCUUGAACAAGAUCGAUAGAUUCAAGGAGAAGCUUCCCGUCAGUCCUAUGAAGAACUACUUCCCAGACUAUGAAGGUGGAGAUGAUUACGCUCUCGCAUGUGACUACAUCCUGAACAGAUUCGUCAGUCUCAACCAGCACGAGACAAAACAAAUCUACACCCAUUUCACUUGCGCUACCGAUACUACGCAAAUUAGAUUCGUCAUGGCGGCUGUUAAUGACAUCAUCAUACAAGAAAACCUCCGCUUGUGUGGUCUGAUAUAAUCAUGGAAUACCCAACUGCAGUCGAACAAUAUCGACUACAGAAAUCUCCUUAAUUCAGCAUGGCGUUAAUUACAAAACCGGGGUCUCAUUUUUCCAAUACCAACAUCUUCUUGCACAGUCACUUUCGGUCUUGCAACCUUUUUUUGCUAUAGAACCAUUGUUUUUCUUCGAAGGGGGUGUCGAGGGUACGGUAGUAUCGGAGCACUUCAUGGGUUGUUCGACUUGACCUCCGCUUCGAUGUGCCAUCUAUUAUAUCCCUUCUACGUUUUAGGGGGUAGCAUCGACCGAGACUAUUUUCUCUUAUUACUUAAGUUUUGUUUUAAAUCCUGUUUGUCAUAUUAAUAGCGACGACGUAACACCGUUCGGGAUGUGGUUGGUUUAAUGCCAGCAACUGAUGAUGUCGCACGGUUUGCGGUUUGCCGUGUUCUCUUUUUUGAUGAGGGUGGGAGUUGUGUAGUAAGUCGAGAGUGAGAUGAAUUAAGAUGAAGCUUUUAGCUGGUUAGAAGGUUGCAGGUGUACGAACACGAAGAUAGGUGAUUGUUGGAUGGCUCGUUGGGCUUAAAAUGAUGGUAGUGGUGGAUCUCUAGGCUGAUUGGUUGGCCGAAUCGAAGCAACUGCUUAUUCACGUUAGGCAUUGAUACCAUAGUCAAUUAAUUAAAAAGAUUCAUAUUGA